AUGGCCUUCUUCCUCACGCUCCUCCGCUCACAACUCUUCGCCAGACUGCCCUACCCAGCGACAAGUUUCGAAGGCCAGACGGUCGUAAUCACAGGAAGUAACACGGGUCUCGGCCUCGAAGCCGCACGCCACAUUGUCCGCCUCGGUGCCUCACGGUGCAUCCUCGCCGUCCGCACCCCCGCCAAGGGCGAAGCCGCAGCUGCUUCCAUUCUCUCCAGCACCCGCGCCACCACCGAUGCCAUCGACGUCUGGCCCCUCGAUCUCUCCUCUUACGACUCUAUCAAGGCGUUCGGUAAAAAAUUGCAGACGCUGGACCGGCUCGAUGCGGUGAUCCAGAAUGCGGGCGUGCUGACGAGCCAUUGGAAGGUAGAGCCUGGCUUGGGGCUAGAAUCGCAUGUUGGGAUUAACGCUGUGGCUGCGGUGUUGGUGGGCUUGGUUGCGUUGCCGAAGUUGAAGGAGACGGCGCGGGAGACGGGGACGACGACGAGGCUGGCGUUUGUGGGGAGUGAUUUGCAUUUCAUUGCUGCGUUCAAGGAAGCAGAGAACGAAGGCCCACUGUUGGAUGUGCUUGGUGAUGAGAAGCUUGCUAACAUGGGCGACCGAUAUUCCACUUCAAAACUACUGUUGCAUUACGCGGUCCAAGAGCUCGCGGCUCGAAGCCCGCUAGGCAAAGGUGCGGACGUCCUCAUCACCGACGUCACGCCCGGCGCCUGCGAGAGCGACCUCUUCCGGGACGAGAAAGGCUCGCUCCAAGCAUUCAUACAGUCUAUCCUGAUCAAAUUGAUGGCGCGGACGACCGAGGUUGGGAGCCGGGCUUUGGUGCAUGGCGUAGACCCUCAUUUGGGGCCUGAAGCGCAUGGGCGGUUUCUGAUGGACUGCAAGGUUGUCGAGUGA